UUCCCGUACUGCACUCUCUCACUCAUACACACACACACGUGUCCCCUGUGUGACCCUCCUCGGUGCAGCGCAUCAGAAUGGUCUUCCUUGUCUUGUAAUAUUAACACGCUUACUCCGAGCUAGCCAGCAUGACUUCUAGAGGCACUGCGAGCCGCUUUCUGAAGAGCGUCUUACAGAAUGGAGUCGGGCGGUACGUGUGCCAGAUCAAACGGAUUUCCCUCGUCUUUUCUAAGGAUGCGCAGACUUCCCUUGGUGCCAGAGAGUUUAUUGAAGACAAGGUGGUGGACUUCGCCAAACAGAAUCCUGGGAUCGUGGUCUACGUGACUCCCCAGCGCUGCAGAAUUCCGAAAAUCAUUGCGGAAUACUUAAACGGCACUGUGAAAGAGGAGCCCAUUAAUAGCAAGACCUCGGAGGAGAUCACCCAGCUGAUUAAGAAGCUGACCAGCCAGUCUGGGCUGGAGGUCAUCCGGAUCCGCAAACCCAUCCACACCGACAGCCCCAGCAUCCAGGGCCAGUGGCACCCCUUCACGAACCGGCCCCCCUCCCUCAGGGUGCAGGGAAUCCAGAGCGAGAGCAAGGCACAGGGGGCAGCUCCCAAAUAACCAAGCAGAGCUUCAGACCACCACAAACACCAUGAGAAAUACAGAGCCAUUAACCAAGCCGAGCUUCAGCCCAUCACAAACACCAUGAGAAAUACAGAGCCAUUAACCAAGCAGAGCUUCAGACCACCACAAACACCAUGAGAAAUACAGACCCACAGGAUUCUUUUUCAUCAGAGAACGUCUGUGCUGGGCAAUGUGACAUGUAUCCAAUGCUAUUUAAAUUGCACCAUAGGAGCAUUGCCAUUUGCUUACUGAUUAAAAGAGGCAUUGUAACUGUCAGAAAUGAUACUACCCUGUUUGUUUUAUUAACCAGGCAGUUAACAAACAUAAUGCAAGUGAUUACAGGAACAAAUGAGUAAUUGCCCUCAUUGUUUCAUGUUUCCUGGUAUUGCCUAAAAUGGAUUUAUAUUAAAUCUCAUGUUGUACUACAAUAUAUUCUGAAUCCUAUUAAAGAAUUGUCAUUCUCUUA